AUGGCCCAUCACGACGCAGCCCGGCAGCCACCUGCACCGCUGGCCGGGCAAGCCGGCUCCGGCAAGGCACCAUCCGCCUCAUGCCAUCUGCGCAUCGCUCGUCCGUCGCUCGACAUCGCCAGGACGGAGCGCUUCUACGUCGAGGGGCUGGGUCUCAGCGUGCUCUGGCGGUGCGGCCCCGAGACCCUCGGCGGCCAUGCCCUGGUCAUGCUGGGCUGGCCGGGAGCUGCGUGGCAUCUGGAGAUAGUCGAUGAUGCGCGCGGGGAGACUGCCCCAAAGCCGACAGAGGAAGACCUGCUGGUGCUCUACGUGGACGGCUCUGUUGAUCCGGCGGUUGUAGAGAGGCUGGUUGAGGCGGGCGGGAAGCGAGUCACUGCGCGCAACGAGUACUGGGAGCAGUUUGGCGUGACCGUCGAGGACCCGGAUGGGUACCGUCUGGUGCUCAGCCAGAGAGGAUGGACCAACGAGGCAUCAUCAUAA